AUGGCGGAACCAAAGAAGGGCUUUUGGAGUGGGCUUUUUCGCACAAAGAGCACUGCCCAAGCAGGCAGACUGUCCAAAGAGCACGGUAGAAGGGCCAGUGAUGGUGAUGUUUCUUAUGGACGGAAACCCUUGGGUGGCGGGAAUACACGGCGUCGGCCCCGCCGCACCCCUCACGACACCAAGGGCAAAAGUCGAGCAGAGCCCAACGGUCACGGCUACAACGACUCACCCUUGUCCGAGUGGCCGCCUUCGGGCAUGUCUAGCGAGGAAGAGCUCCCGCUCGGACGGGCAAUGGAGCUCAUAUCACGAGGUGUUCCGGCGCACAAGGGCCAUAAGCGGCCAGUCCCACAUCGCUCGGAUCAGUACUACGCACUCUACACAACUACAGCUGGCAAUCACGGCGGCGAAACAGAUGCUGCUGACCAACACGACUCCAUGGUCCAGCUGACGACCCUCCGGAUCCUGGGCAACAGCAACCCUGUUCGUCCAUGGGAGACGCUGGAGCAACCCAGUCUGGCCUUUGGAUAUGGCACCCGUCCCGGUACCAUCACCUUGAACCACUGGGCCAGCCUGGCCAGCAUCAUACCACCGGCCAUCGAACUCCGUGACCCUGGUAUCAAGCCGCGUGAAGUGGGCCUGGUCGAGAUCUUUGAGCGACUGCUGGAGCUGGAGGAUGGAUUAGAGUAUGACAAUGCAGAUUUGAUGUACCGGAAUCUGUACAAACGAUUCCUCAAAGACCCCGACAAGGUCCUGAAUCCCCACAAGUCCAUGGACAAGCAGAUCACGGAUCUGAUCAUGGUCCUAUCGAGCCCUGAUUGGAUAGACUUCACCAUCCCAAAGAACCAAGUUGUCACAAGGUUCAUCUACGACACACGGCCAGAAAACCAUGAGCUAUACCUCAGGUUCUUCCACCAACUUCUGCUCAGUCUCGAGCUAGAUCUUCGAAUAUGCGCAGGAAUCCACAACGAUGUGUCUAAGGAGAAGCUUUUAGCUCAGAUACCCCCAAAGAUCCAGUGGAAUCUAGCCUUGGCCAGGCGAUGGAGGGAUUAUGUCCGCGUUGCAGAGUUCGGUGAGACAGCCGAGAAAGUGCGCCUGCGCUUCAAAUUACGGAAACGCCAGGCCAAGAUGCUGAAGCGUUUUGCUCAAAUGAUGAAGUGGCCGAACCUGGAUGAGACAUUAGAUGCAUUGAAGCAAAACGAAAUCGAGGGAAACCUGCUAGGCCUCAGUUCACAUACCAUGGCCUUCUUUAGUGGUCUUGUUCUUCCUGGACCCACGUUCCCAUUCCUGCUGAUGAACACUCUCGUUGACAUCGAUCCGGACGAGGCCACGGAUGAUCUAGCUCUACUCACACACCUACAUCCACAAUGUGGGUUUCAAUAUCGAAAGAGCUACACCUAUUGGUCCGCUUCGUGUAUUGUCGGAAAGGUACUGGCUCCGACAUGUCUCGAGGUAGGCGGAUGGAUUGGCCCUGCUCGACCAACAACACUAGAAUCAUCCGAAAUCGCCCGCAUCCGCUGCAGAAAACCCAGACAACGAAUCACUCCAGAGGAUGUGACUUCAAUGAGUGAGAGGUCCGAUCCUCUAGGCCCUCCCGCAGAAGUAUUUCCAGUCAGCGAAUACAAGCUAGUCACGCCAGACGUUGAUGACUAUGCGGAUGCGGUCCGUAUAGAGUUACUCAGCCUAACGAGUUUUCUGCCCAGCCGCCAGGAUCACGGACCUCGAUGGUUUGAUGCUUCGAUCCAAUUUGCCAUUGACGGAGUAUCGUGGCCGUUGCGACUCACACAUGACGUCUCCUUCAUCAACGCCUGGCCGUGUUCGUCAGGGCCCCACCCUCUGUUUUUCGACUAUGUAUACACCAUCAUCAAAGCUGACGAAAUAGUCAACAUGCGGGAUUGGGGCAACCCCAAUGCUUUCAUUGAGAGAAGUUUCAACUCAACUCCAGUCGGCGGCAGCAAGGCGGCGAAGCCCAUGAUGGACGAUGACGAUGCCGAGAGGGUCCUCGUGGUUGAGGCAUUUGGCGCCCCAGACAACGAAGUGCUAGCACGAGCCUGGUGUUCGCAUUGGGGUCUCAGUGCAGUGGUGGCGGAUAUCAGAAAGACUUGCGUGGCAUGUGCUAUUCGGGAAGCUUAUGCAGCAACUUUAACGGUCGUCAUACUAGUAGAGGACAGAGAGCGCGCCUUGUCCGAGUAA